AUGGACAUGGCUGCAGCGGUCCCCCCACCAUUAUUGGCCUUUUGGCUCCACCCAUCAGCGGAAUCAUCCCUCUUCUUAUUUUAGAGUCUGAGGAUGUUCAUUCCAAAGGACUGCCAAGGUGAUAGCAGGCCGGCAGGAUUUGGAGGGAUCAGAGAGAAAGAGAGAGAGAGAGGUGAUGAUGAUGAAGAGUUGGCUACGAGUGUUCAUGUACAUGAAAUGUACCCCCUUCACAUCGCCGUCGUCUGAACCCAUGGAGGUGGAAGGAGCCAACCGGGAGGUGGAAGGAGCCAAACGGGAGGUGGUCGCCAGGAAGCCCAGAGGAUGGCAAUGCAUGCCCUACGUCAUAGGGAAUGAGGCAUUUGAGAAGGUGGCAUCAAUUGGGCUAACAGCAAAUCUAACAGUAUAUCUGGUAAACCAUUUCAACAUGGAGCAGGUGGAGGCAGCAAACUUGACAAACAUCUUCUAUGGGACAACCAACUUUACACCCCUGAUAGGUGCCUUCAUUUCUGAUGCCUACUGGGGAAGAUUUCGAACCCUAGCUUAUGGCUCUUUUGCAUCUCUCUUGGGAAUGCUGGCCUUGACCCUCUCUGCUUCAAUCCCACAACUGCAAACACCAAGUUGUAGCCAAUUGGCCCACCAAGUAGGACAAUGCAUGAAGCCAUCUAAAGCAAAACUGAGUAUCUUGUUCAUCUCCUUGAGCUUCUUGGUUCUUGGCGCCGGGGGUAUACGGCCAUGUAGCUUGCCCUUUGGCGUCGAUCAAUUCGACUACACCUCAGAGGAAGGGUUAAGGGGCCUCAAUAGUUACUUCAAUUGGUAUUAUGGCACCACUACUGCUGCCUUUAUGAUCUCUCUAACUGUUGUUGUCUAUAUCCAAAAUAGCAUCAGCUGGUCCAUUGGGUUUGCCAUACCAACAGCCCUCAUGCUCCUCUCAGUAACUUUGUUCUUCCUGGGUACUAGACUAUAUGUCUAUGUGCCCCCUGAAGGGAGUAUCUUCUCUGGAAUUGCUCAAGUUUUUGUUGCCUCAUUUAAGAAGCGAAAACUCGAGCUUCCAUUUCCUGAUGAUGCUCAGCAACAAGAAUCAGUACUAUAUAACCCUCCUACUCGGAGUGCCCGAAUCUUGAAGCUUCCACUAAGUUUACAAUUCAGGUUCCUCAACAAAGCUGCAAUUAAAUGCGAUGGUGAGAUAAAACCAGAUGGUACAAUAAAUUCAUGGAGGCUUUGCAGUGUCCAACAGAUUGAGGAAGUAAAAUGCUUAAUGCGUAUUGUGCCGAUAUGGUUUUCUGGCAUCAUAUGCUUUGUGGCAAUGGCUCAGCAGUGGACUUUUUUAGUGUUACAAGCCAUGAAGAUGGACCGCCACCUCGGUUCACAUUUCCAAAUUCCUCCAGGAUCUGUUGGCACCAUCAACCUGCUCGCUCUAGCUUUGUUCCUCCCUAUCUAUGACAAGGUUUUUGUCCCCAUGGCCAGAAGAAUCACAAGAAUUGAGACUGGGAUCACCCUUCUCCAAAGACAAGGAGUUGGACUGGUCUUCUCUAGCUUAUCCAUGGUAGUUGCAGCCUUGGUGGAGCGUAAAAGAAGAGACUCAGCUUUGUCUCAUGGCGGGGCUACGCCAAUGUCAUUCUUGUGGCUUGCACCGCAGCUCAUUCUAACAGGCAUUGCAGAGGGCUUCAAUGCAGUAGGACAAGUGGAGUUUUACAACAGGCAAUUCCCUGAACACAUGCAAACCUUAGCAGGAUCUCUCUUCUUCUGUAGCCUGGCUGGUGCUAACUAUUUGAGCAGCUUUUUAGUGAGCAUUGUCAAGAAAACCACCGGCGGCGGUGGUCGGGCAAGCUGGUUGGACAACAACAUUAAUAUCGGUAGAGUGGAUUACUACUACUAUGUCAUAGCUAUCAUGGGGGUGGUGAAUCUGCUAUAUUUCCUAGUGUGUGCCCAUUACUACCGUUACAAGGGCUUGCCAUUAGUGAAGGAAUAAAUCUUUGGGACAUGGGUAAGGUCUAUAUGGAAGGGCAGUUGAAGUAUCAUAUAGAAAAGUCCGGGAGUUAGUGAAAGGAUGUAGAGGUGUUUGUAAUGAUGAUGAUACACUUGGCAACUAAAGCUUUAAUGAACUUCCUGAGCAAUCCAAUAAGAUGAUGCAGGAAAUCAUGAAUUCAAUAUGUAAUGGAUCAGUGACAUAAGGUUAUUUGAGGAAAAAGCUAGGUCCGUGGUGUAGCUGGUCUUCAGAAAAUUUUCUGAAGUUUGUCAAGAAAGCAUCAGGCCAGAUAAGAUCUGACUCUAAGAAGAGAACCAUAAUAAAGGGCUGCAAGUGCUUCAUGUGGGUCCGAUGUAUUGCUCCAAGGUAGCAGAUGUGUAAUAUAUUUGAAAUAAAUCAGUUUAAAGUAGAAACAUGGUGCUCCAA